GUUUCCACAUCCAAUACCAGCUGAUGUCACUAUUGGCAGAUGCAUCAUUCCACAUCACUGAAUAACUGGAGGAUAUCAUCACAAGCUCUGUCUGUUUGAAUGCAUCUCUAUAGGAUUAUUGGAAAGUGUACAUGCUACUAUUUUAACUUUAUUGACAUUUUUUUUUACCACACCUCCUCCUCUCGUACUUCCUGUGAAAAAGUCAGCUAUGUUCUCCUCGUCCAAACCCUCCCUACUCGUGCCCUGGACCUCCAUGGAUCAAGCUGACUCGGACGCUUUGGAUAUCAGCACUAAAGUGCAACUGCAUGGGGUUCUGUGGAAGAGACCUUUCGGGAGGCCCUCAGCCAAGUGGUCCCGCAGAUUCUUCAUCAUCAAGGAUAGUUUUCUUUUGUACUAUGCUGAGAACGAGAAAAAAAGCUUUGAGACCAAUAGAUACUUCAACAUUCACCCCAAGGGGGUGAUUCCAUUAGCUGGAUGCAUCGUCGAGCCAAGAGAAGAUCAAGGCAUGCCAUUUGCCAUGGUUAUCAACCAUGAAGACUUCACAGGAAACAUUGUCCUGGCUGCUGAAUCAGAGCCAGAGCAGAGCCAAUGGGUGGAGAUGCUACAAGAGUCAGGAAAAGUCACUUGGAAGAAUGCUCAGUUGGGUGAGGCUAUGACUGAGAGUCUUGAAGCUCAGGGGCUACAGCUGGCUAAAGAAAAGCAGGAAUACUUGGAUAAGCUCAUGGAGGAGACUGAAGAACUGUGCUUGCAAAGAGAACAAAAGGCGGAGCUGGAGAGACUGAAUCAAUUGCUGGAGGAAGAAAAGCAGAAGUUUGAGGAAGUGGUUCAAGAGCUGAGAACAGAACAAGAUCAAAUUAAACUAGAUCUGGAUGGUACUGCUCAGUGUCUGAAAGGUGUGGAAAAUGAAAAAGAGGAGCUUCAUAAUCUUACCACAAUUCUGCAGAAGUCUUUAGAGGAGUUAUCCCAAGAGAAAAAGCGUACCCUCGAGCUGCUGCGAGAAAGAGGACAGGAUGUGGCUGAAACAGGAAGUGAUCGGCGGGCCUCUUUAAACUCUCAGAAUCCAGAGGUGCAGCUUCAGGGCAACCUGCGGCAAAUCGAGGAGCAGAUGAAGAGCCUGCUUAAAGAGAAAGAACAGGCAGAAGAAAGGCUGAAAGAGAAUGAAAAGCGAGCCAAACUUCUGCAGGAGGAGAGGGAGUUUUAUUCUUCUCAAGCUCAAGCUCUCCAGCAGUCGCUCACACAGCUCACAGUAGACAAACAGCACACCGAGGAAGAGCUGAAGGCAGAGAUGGAGUCUCGUGUGGAACUGGAGCUUAGGCUGAAAUUGGCUGAGGAGGCUCUGCAAGAUCUAGAGCAGGGUCUAAAUGCAAUAGAACGCACCCAUGAGAGGGAUGAAAGAAUGAAAGGAGACGUCAGCCAUCUCCGCAAGUUCUUUGAGGAAUGUAUCUGUGCGGCGGAGAUUGAGGCCAAGUUACCGUCCAUCAUGAAGAACGCAGUGUAUCUGCAUAAAGCUGCUGCUCGACGCAUCAAAAGUUGCCGUAUCCAGAGACGGGCCUCCAGACAGCACUGGUUGAAGCACUCUCAAUCAUUUGCCUCCUCUCGCGGUGCCUCCUCCAGCAGUCUUGAAGAGUUGAGAGAAACUGCCCGGCGCCUGACUACAGACAGCUGUUUGAGACAGCGGGCCUACAAGAUCAUCACCCGCCAGAAGACCGUUCAGUCUGAGGACUAACAGUGUUCUGGCAGAUGGACUGAGAGAGUGGAAGUUGUUUUGUCAUCCUGCUCUGUGCUGUGCAACUUCUGGUGAAUGUUAGGCAAUCAUAAUUCAGUAAGGGAAAUCUGCACAUGCAGUGUGCCGUCAUACUUUGGGACUGUGUGUCCUUCUUAUUGUGUCCAUGUAAAUGUAAAACACUGUAGAAUAAUAAAACUAUAUGAAAUGUCAAAAUAUUUGCUUUUAGUGAGAAUAAAAUAACUUAUCUAACAA